AUGAGGGCCAACGUCCUCUCAAAGGGCGACUUUGAUCGCCUCGCCCAAUCUAUCGGUCUGCGUCGCCCCCCACUGCAUCCUCGUGAUCUUGAGUAUUCUGACCUCAGGGACGAAGUCAGCCCUGAGCAGCGAGAGAGGUGGGACGACACCCGAAGGACAUAUGGGCAUAUUUACUGCCCUGCAUACCGCAGAUUCGCCCUUUUUCCCUGGCUUCAUACUCCUUCCGUGCAAGAGGAUAGCGAUGAUGACGACGAGAUGCCGGCACGAGAGCCAGCAGAGACCUUCACGCCGUUGGAGGAGCAUCCGAGGUUCAUAGAGCAGAUGCGUGCAUAUCAGCAGCGUGUGAGGAUGCUGGAGACCCUCGUUGAGAUUCUCCGCGACGAGAUCCUUCCCUCUCGAAGACUGACGGAGAGAUUUCCAGCCUUGAUGGAGUUGGCAAUGUCUGAACAACGGUUAAGGGCUGCGAGGCAAACGCAGACGCAUGCAUCCGCGCUACUCCAAGUGUGGGGAGUCGAGUUGAGUGUAUCCGAUCUCCCACCGCUGAUUCCGUAUGAAGAUGGCGGUAUUUCUGAGGCGGGAGAGGAGAUCAUCCGUUUGUCCAGGCUUCCUCAGACGGCGGUAUUGGUGGACGAGGACCCGACUCGUUUGGUUCAAGAAGGGGGAGCUGAGGAGGAAGGGCAGGAGUUCCCACAGGCCACAGGUCCUCAAGUCAUGAUGACAGUUGACCAUCUGGACAGCCAGGAAGAGACAGCAGAGGAGGAAACGCUGGCCUCCACUCCUCCACCUGAAAUGACAUCGCAAGAGGUGGAGGAGUUCAUGGAUAAUCUGGGACCAGAGCAGCCGGUAGAGGAGGAACCGUUGUCCACGACUCCUCGGAUGAUGAUGGAGCGGGAGGAGUUUAUGGCGUCGUUCCUGCGGGUUUCUACUCCACCUGCCGCCGCCUCCACCUCGGCCUCCACCACAACCUCUCAACCGACGACAGAGGUUGAUACAACGUCGGACGGGGAGAAUGGCGUCACUGCUCACUUAUCGCGGCUGGAAAGACGGCCAAACUUCAUCUAUCUGGACCUCGACCUCCCUGGGCCAUCGUCUGUAACAGGCAGCCCUCAGCGUGUCAUCAACGAGGUGCAUGACAGCACGAGCAGGCUGCUUAGACAUCGGAGGGAGAGAUUAAGGCAGAUUGCGAGCGAGUCGUAG